CUACCUACAAGUGCGCAUUUCUCUGCUCCAGAAGGUGGCGGUAAUGUGGCAAAUUGACGGUGUAGUGGUUGUAUUAGAAGAAGAAAACACGGAAGACAAGCGGAUGUUUUGAAAGUAAUCGGCGUUAGAAUAAGCUGCUGGGUUGGAGUUAAGUCAUUUAUUCCAGCUGGACGUCCUUUUUUGAAAACACUGAGGAAGAUGUCUAGAAAGUCAAAGAAGAAGAAACGCAGACGGUUGUCUUCAACCUCAAGUGAAGAAGAAGAGAAGAAAUCCAAGAAACAAGGCGAUGACAAAGAUUGCACGGGUGAAAAGAAGAAGCAACAUGUAAAGACCCCAGAGAGGGACAAAUCUGCCUCCUCUGCCAUUAAAGAUGUCUCCCAAAGCACUCGCCUGAUCAAAAAGCCUGUCUACAGGCUGAGAGAAACACAUGCAACCGACCAGAAACCUGUUAACAAGGAAGAGGAGCGCGGAAAAACAAAAAGUGUCACUGUGCCGUCUCAUAGGGAGCAUUGCUCCAGUAAAGCAAAACAUGAUACUUCAGGGAAAGACAACUCUGCCGGGGGGAAUAAGCCUGUGGAUAAGGGAACCUCAAAACCUACGAACACCAACAAGGCAGUCAACGCUCCUCAGAGAACACAGAAGACAUCUGAAGGCAGCCCAGAUGAGAAGUCUUCCCAGAGGAGCCCAUCCAGAUUAAGAAAGCCACUAACAAGUCCCAGUUUGGUUUCUGAUCAGCACAAAAAACAAGUCAAAGAUGCACUGAAGAGGAAGCACACAGCUGUAGAACCACCAAGGACGAAAGAUAACAGAGACAGUAACAAAGCCAAGGAGCUGAGGAGGUCCUUCGAGGCCCCCAAAGAUUGUGUAAAUGAGAAAAGAAUAAAUCUGUGUGAAGAGAAGUGUCAGAAGUAUAAUGAAAAGAAGUUAAAGGCCAAAACGGAAGUGAAACAUCCCUCUGCCUCUACCAAAGAAUCUUCUUCCACCUCAGCCAAUCACACUACCUCAGCUAGUAGCAAGGUGGCAAAAAAUGCCAAAUUCACUCCAGUGUCUUUUAAGACAGUGGAGUCAUCAUCAGCUCAGCAACAAAAACCUUCUCCUGCAUCACUUCUUAAGUUUAAGAUUCCAAAACUUACAAAGGCAAGGCCGUUACGCAGCACUGUUGAUAAGGAUAACACCACUUCUGCUAACACAAGUGUUAAUAAUGUGACUGAGCCUCUAAAAUCUAACAUCUCAGAGAGCAAAUCAAAGCAGAAAACAGUGCAAAACACUCCCUGCUCUGUGGCCGUUAAACCAACUGUUCAAUCUGAAGGACAAGAUAAGAGGCCGUCUUUCUCUGGCCAACCUCCAGCGACGUCUGAUUCCCCCUCUGAGCCGUGUUAUAACCAGAAAGUGGUAGAAGAGCUUCAUCUGGCUCGCUCUGAGAAGAGAUUGGAGUUGAAUGUAAUGCAGAGCUAUGGUGAACUCACCUGUAUGGACAUAGACCCUCCAGAGGAAGUCACAGAAUCACACAGUGGACAACCCCUGCAGCAGGACCUAAUCCUUGUUCUGGACACCAACAUUCUCAUCAGUCACCUGAGUUAUGUGAAAAAGAUCAGAGCUAACGGCCUGGAAGCCUUGGGAUUCCCUGUAAUCGUAAUCCCCUGGGUGGUGCUUCAGGAGCUGGAUUCCCUAAAAAGAGGGGGUAGUAUGUCGAGUUCCGUGGCCCACCAGGCCACCCCCGCCAUCUCGUACAUUUGCAACACUUUAAAGAACCGGGAACCUCGACUGUGGGGGCAGUCGAUGCAGCAGGCCGCUCGGAGUAGCAAUGAUCUGAAAGCUGAAAACAACGAUGACAGAGUGCUGCAGUGCUGCCUGCAGUACCAGGCUCUGUACCCAGAGUGUGCUCUCAUCUUAUGCACUAAUGAUAAAAACCUGUGCAGUAAAGCCCUCCUGAGUGGCGUCAAUGCUCUCAACAAGGACGAUUUGGAGGCAGAGGUUGUGAAAUCCAGACACGGCUCUAAUCUUCUGCAAAAUAUCAAGACCUCCACUCAGCCUCAGUUCAACCCUCCAGUCUCAUCAAGCAUUCCGGAUAGGAGCUUUACAUUCCAGCCUCCUAGCCAGGAGAGAGCAGAACCGUCUGUACAGCUCACACAGAAAGAUCAAAAGCAGCAGAGUCAAGAAGAGGAUAAAGAGCAGACAGAAUGGGACCUUGGCUGUGUCUCUGCAUUAGAGAAGUGCCUGUGUGAGGUGCUGUCUGACAUCUUAGAGGUGGAGAUGAAGUCUGCUUUUGAAGAACUCUGGCUAGAGAUAGUUUAUCUAAAACCACCGUGGACUCUUGACGAUAUUCUGCAGUGUUUGAAGAAACACUGGAUUGCUGUCUUUGGACAUGUUGUCCCGAGGAGGUUGCAGCAUAAUGUUAACUAUCUCAUCAACUUCUUUAACUCAGGUAAAAAAAAGGACAGUAGUGCCGGGGAAGUUGCAGUCCUACAAGCUCAGGAGCUUCUGAAAGCCUUUGGAAAAAGAUCAAAAUGUAUUCCUGGUGCCAUCUCUGUCCUGGACAAACUAUUAAGGAAGCUUCACUCGCAGGCCAUUGAUGAGCAGAAUAAUAAUGAGGAAUCCCCUACCACUGAUGUUGUCAUGAAUGAUGACGAUGAAGAAGAACCCACGUCUGCUCAGGUCUCUCACCAGGAAGUGUGGGCCCUGUUUGAGAACAUCUGGGACACAGUGUUUAAUACGAGCUUGGAAGUGUUCAAAGCUCUGGGCUUUGACCCUCACACUAUGCAGCGAGCUCAGCCGGCGGGAGGUCCUCCGCCACCGCAGGACGCCCUGGUCUGUUUGCAAAAAUUGUCCUCCGUGGUCACACAGCUGCUCCAAGGCUUCAGCAGCGUCUUGUACUCGGCACCCGGUUCAGAGGAAGCCUUCUCUCUGUUCAGCAUCAUUCACUCCAUCAAGAUUGUCGAGGUGGACUCCAGACUGGCAGCCCAACACCUUCAAGACUGUUUCUCACAGCAAGAGUACAGGGAGAAACUGCAAGUUGGAGGGAUCCAAUUAACGGAGCUUAAAGGGGCGAUAGAUCAUUGUGGUUGGACCUUUACCACUCAGUCCUGAAUGGAGCAGACUCAGGGAGUCUGUAUGAACUACACAGGUGCCUUUGAUAGACUGAUAUUCUUUACUUGAAGUGAAGCUGAAAAUUCAAGAGACAUCAGUAAAUGCUGUUUCACCUGGUGCCAAGACGUGUUUCCUUUUUAUUUAUUAAUUUAAAAAGUUGUUUUCAGUAACUGACAUGUUGUUAACCUGUUAUCCUGACUCAGUGGAUCUUUAUGGAUGUUCUCAGGCCAUGUUUACAGGAGGAUUAUUCCACCUGGAAACGGUAACCUUUUGGCUGUUGUGUCACCCAGUAACAGCAUGUUAGGUCCCUUAAAAAGGGAAUGAUUUAAAAACGAUUCAAGCAAACAGCAAACUUUUGAUAAAGAUUCUGUUUUUGUUGUCUGGCAAUAUAGAGUUUACCAUUAAAAAUUAGACUGCAUAUAUGCAUUACAGUCUAAGACAACAGCCAUGCAAGAGCAGGUGGACCACAACUACAAAGGUCUCCUGAGUCCUGCUUCUUCUUUUCACUCCAAAUCUGCAUUUUCUUGCAUUCGCUUGGUAGUUUAAGAUCACAUGGAGUGGCAGCCCCAGUCAGAUGUCAGUGUGUUAGCUGUUUUUGGAUGUUCACACCUCACGACUCUGUGGAGGGAAGCUCACAUUCAGUUGUUUUGUUACAACGCUGUGCUGCUAACCAAUGGUCGGGCAUGUUUACUACAGUGAUGACAGGGGCAUGUCCGUGAUUUCGUGUGCAUGGUGGUUGACUUUUUGAAACUCAAAACAAAAAAAGGUUCCAUUUUCAGUGGUUUGUUUCCUUGUAAACAUGGCUUCAAUCAUUGUUGAGCGUCACAUUUGCUGAUGUAGCUUCUAUAUUUUCUAUGUAGCUGUAGUUUACAGCUGUAUCUCGUUCUAUGCUCCUUUACAAACUACACAGGGCUGUUUUCUAUUCAUCAGUUUAUAGUCUAUCAACAUAUCUGCACUAAAAUACUAUUGUUAUUGUUAUGUUAGCAGUAUUUAUGACUUUUUUUGUAAUUUAAAUUUCUUUUUUAUUUGUUUAUGAAACAGUAUGUUUACACUGUGCAAAGCUCUGAUCUGGGAUAUAAAUUAUUAUCUUUUAUUUGGACCUUAUGAAUGUAUAACCAUGUCUGAAGUGCUAACCCCAGCCACAAACUGUAAUGACUGUCACUCAGCUUUUUAAAGAUUAUAGUUUUCUAUAUCUAAAAGUUUACCAUUUCUCAACCCACACUCUGUUAAAGGUGCAGUGUGUAAAACUGGAAAAUUAUCAGCAUCAAACAGUCAGAUUGUAGAUCACGCUGAUCACUUUGAUGGAAACCGUUAAAACCAGUGGAAUUUUUAGAAAUGGGUUUCUGUUAUUUGACCCAUUCAUCAAUACUGUAAAAACAUGCAAGAUGCAAAAUUCAAGAUGGCUGCAUCAGUGGAUGGGGACCCUCCCUUUGUAUGAAUAAAAAGCUUAUUCUGAGUUAAAAUUUAAAAAAAGUGUUAUAUAUAUUCAAGUGAUUAAACACUUAUAAAUACUGUUUCAUUUUUGCCGUGUUUGUUCUGCUGAAUGAUACUAGGUAAAAUAUUACACACUGCACUUUUAAAAUGUUGCUUCCCUUUAUUCAAGAUGUUUCAACUUCACCAGAAUAUAAGCCAUUAAUUAUCAUUUCCACUUUAUGAUGAAUAUGAGCUUAAUGUUGGUAUUUUUUUUGUUGUUUUGUUUUUUGAGAGAGAAGGUUAGAAGAAAAAUCUCUAUUUCAUAUCAGUCUGUUAAUUAAUAUAGUGGGAGACAAGGGAUGAUCAGCUUAGCUUAGCAUAAACUCUGGAAGCAGGGGAACCCACUUGUGGCUUACUACAACGGUGGUCAAUAAAGACCAUCUACUACCUUGCCACUAAAGGUGAGCUCAGACUACACCAUUUUUCUGGUCCUUCACGCCUGCACCAUGUCAGACUAUGCAACCUACAAGUGUGAUACUGACCGUUGAUCAUAUGCUGACACCACCUCUGUCUCCACGAUUGUGUGCGAGUUCACAGGUUGUUUGGGGAGGCGGUCAAAGACAGUGAAUCACAGCUGCAACAGAAGUGUGAUUCUAGUGUUUUUUCACUCUGAAAAGAAGAAAAAAAAAUCAGAAAUGAUUAUGAGCUUGUUCCAGUGCAUUAAGAGGACAACAACAUGGACCAGCUCUUCUUUAAAUAGAAUUUGAAGUAUGAAUGUGUUAACAUAUCAAGAAAAUGUGCCCAGUUGAUGAUACAAGGAUAAUGCUCUCCUAUUGGUUGGGUUCAAGACUCACGUAGCUGACAUCAGGUCAGGGUGAAGGGGUCAAGAAAAAUUAUGAUUCGCUACUCUUGUCGAAAUUUUGGUCGUGGACGCAUCGUUGAUUUUGUCACACUAAGAGACCAUUUGUCAUUCCAACACACAUAACCAAGCCCGAUGUAUGCAAUUAGCUGCGACAUUGCAGUUACGCAUACAUCUGGCUGAAUCUGUGUAGUCUGAGCCAGCUUUUAGUGGCGUGAACUGCUGUCAAAAUUGUCUUGCUUUGGCCUCUAAGGUAAAAUGUCAAGGCUGUCUCCUGGCUGUGACUUAAUAGUUUUGCCAUCAUUGUGAGCUGAAAUUCCUGAAUGUAACCUCAGGUUAGAACUGGGUGAUAUUUCGGAGAUAUUUCAGUUAGUGUUGAUGGCGCCCGCAGUAGACAAAUCUGUACCUCCUAUCUCUUGCUGUUUUUGUCCUGUAGGUCAAUACAAAGGGUUUGAGACCAGCAUUAUCACUCUGAUUAUUUCUAUAGCCCAGUUCAGACCAAAGAUUCCCAACACAUCAAGACUGUUUUAGAAUGUUAUGGGACAGUUGCAGCUGUGUGGACUGAGCCGUCGCAGCUCACAUAAGGCUGUCUGAUGAUACUGCCUACAAUUCAGCUCAUCACACCGCCAACAGAUGUUUUUUGGAUGUUGUAGAUGGAAAUCUAGUUUCAAAAAGCUGUUAAACUUUAACAAAUGUUAGGUUAUCGUAGAAUAAUUUGUUAGAUAAAAUCAUGCUGUGAAUUUGGAAAUAACAUCUAUUUUUUUCUUUAAUUAAACAUUUGAAUGGAAACUUCCGCCACACAAACACUCCUCUCCCCUCCAUCAGCUGUGCAGGUAAGCAGGAUGUGUAGCACUAUGCUCCCUAAUACAUGAGAAAUUCAAGACUGUAGUGGCUAAAUUUGACUCUGGAAAAAAUAUGAUUCUCAGCAGAUAGCAGAAAAUGUUUGUGUUAAUAUGUGCUCUGAUAUUUCAGCACCAUACUAUGAUGGUGACGAUGAGAGAUCAGGAUCUGUACAUCCUGAUGCAACGCAUUAAAAAGAUGACAAAGAUAUGGAAAAAAACUAAAUGUGCAUUACUAUCUUUCUUGUAAAGAAAGAUUUAUUGCACAGAAACUUCGGAAAUGAACCACCUAAAAUCAAGUGACUGAGAGUCUUUCUAUGCAUCUUCUCUUCCAGCUGCAGUGGUGUGAACUCACAGGCUUUUAUAAAGCUGCAGAGCUUUAACUCUUUAUGAAUGUUUGGUCUAAACUGGACUUAUCAGUCAAAUGUAUCUCACAGAGAAGUUUGAAUUAUCAAUGCCAUUGUCACCUCAUCAACCCCGUGGUGGCAGUUUCAGACAUAAAAAAAACACUUUAUAGAAUUCAACAAAAUUUAUACUGCUGGUUUCUUUUGGUUUUGUAGCUUAUAAAUAGACAUAAACAUGAAUUUCAGUCCAUUUUAUAAGUCUUGAAUUACAACAUGUAGCCACAUAGUCUGUUGAGCAUCUUGUUUCCAGCAAUUUUCUAUUUUGUUAGUUUGUUUUUUUUCCCCAUUGCUAGUAUUAUAAUAAAUGCUGAAUGCCUGUUAUUUGUUUCGAUAAAGCUAUGAGUGAGGUUGAAUCACAUAUUAAAGGAACAACAUUUUUGGGGUCAGUAUUGAAAAUAAGUGGUCUGUCGUCUUAAAACAUUUUCCAGAAGUUUUGUUUGACUUUUUUAUGUGAAAUGUAAAUAAUUUGAGAGCUAAAUCUAUUUUACUUUAAGUUAAAUGUUUGUAACAAAAAUAAAUGUUUGAAGCAUCGUCUUGA